UACUCCCACAUGGACGUAGAUCACUACGAGGAGUCCAGACAGAUGGUUUUUUGCGCAAUGAACGGCCGCCGUGAUUACCAGGGCCUUCCAGUCUAUGUUUUUCCAGUUAACCACUUUACUAAGGAGAGGAUGGAUACCUAUAUAUCCAAGUUCUCUUCAUCUAUUACAGGAGAAACGCAUCACACAGAACUUCCGGGCCAUAUUCUUAACUUCCACGCCUUGUAUGAAAAUUUACUAGACUUUGUGAUGCCCCUUCGCUCCCAGCUGCCGCGGCCAAAUAUGGACGUUUCUGUUUCUGCUAAAACGCAUAUAAUCGAUAUCACAGACGCGGAUUUUGGCCAUUUCUGGAAGAUCAGGCGAUACUUGCGAGAGGCCAGCUCCCUAGCAACAGCAUAUUAUCCUGAGACCCUUGGUCGCAUAUUUAUUGUCGGAUCUUGUCCGUCUUUUAUAAAAGCCUGGGCGAUCGCAAAAAAUUGGUUCGACCGAAACAUCCUCGCUAAAAUAUACGUCUUGUCGCCACGCGACGCAACAUCAACACUAUUAACUUACAUGCAUAAUUCGAGCUUACCUGAAGAGUAUGGCGGUACUCUUAGAUGGAAAUGGGGAGAUAUGCCAGAUUUAGACGAACCAGCGAGGCUGAUCGCGUCAAGCUUAUAUCAGUCCGAUGAGAAGGGACAGAAAAGCUUCAUCAAGGGGCCCGUUGCAUUCUGCGACGGUAGAGUGCAAGUUUUGGGCAUGGCCAAUGGAAGGCCAAGGGAAUAUGUUACCUGCUGA